AUGAUUAUCCCUAUUCGCUGCUUCUCCUGUGGCAAGGUCACUGGCGACCUCUGGGAGCGAUACCUGCAGCUCAUUGCCGACCCAAAGAAGACUGAUGGUGAUGCGAUGGACGAGCUUGGACUGAAGCGCUACUGCUGCCGCCGCAUGAUCAUGACCCACGUCGACCUUAUCGAGAAGCUCCUCAAAUAUACCCCCGACGGCCGAAGUGAGAUCAAACAGAAACUCAACGAACAGGCAUAA